AUGUCGUCUCCGUCAUCACAGCCUCACGAAGAGGCUCCGGAUGCUACUAACGAACGUCGUUCUCGUCGCUCUGGACGCGUCUCGCGCAAGCCCGAACUCUACAUCGAGGAAGCACCCGCCGCUUCCAAGCGCAAGCGUGACGCCGCAGAUGACGACCAGCUUGAUGAUGAAGAAGAGUCUGACGAGGAAGAAGAGAGUGAGCCUGGUGAGGAGGAGCUUCGAGAACAAAAGGCCAGAGCGCGCAAGACAAAGGCCGCCGCACCAAAGAAGCCCGCUGCAAAGCGCUCAAAAACGAACGGCACCUCGGUCGCGUUACCUGUGAAAGCAGGUGCUAAGAAGAGUCGUUCGAAGAAGGCCAAGGGCGUGGAUGAGGCUGUUGCAGAGGAAGCGGGUGGUCUUUACGGUUGGUUCCAGCACAUACGCACACUAGGCACACACAGUCUGACUUUACACCACANNGCUGAAGUUUUUGCCCGAGGCAAGACACUGGAAGAAGCAGCCGAAGGUUGGCUUGCGGCAUUUAACGAACAUGAAUCUGGCGCUGUGGCAGAUUUGGUCAACUUCGUGUUGAGAUCGGCUGGCUGCGAACUGGAAGUCACAAACGAAGAUAUUGAGGACCCCGACAACUGUGCUGGCAAGCUCAGCGACCUGCAAGACGAGUUCCAGGCACAAAACGUUUCCGAGUAUCCCAUUAUCGCAAAGGGCAAGGGUACUGCCGCUUUCAAAGAAUCGCUGACAGGCUUCUUCCACACGCUGAUCAAAGCCAUUCAUACCACCAACGUCCUUNUUACCAACCCCGAACUGGUCGAGAACAUGCAAGUAUGGUUCGGCACCAUGUCAGCAGCACAGAACAGACCUUUUAGACACACUGCAACUGUCGUCUCUCUAACGAUCAUCACUGCUCUCUGCGAAGUGGGCAGUGAACUGGCGGAAGAGGCCUCAAAAGCACUGCGUCAUAGCGAGACCCAGAGGAAGGGCAAGAAUGCGAACAAGACACGAGUCAGCGAGUUGCAGGACUACUCUAAGCAAGCAAAAGCAAAUCAGGAAGUGCUCGACAAUACCGUGAAGGACUGGUUUGACACGGUCUACAUCCACCGCUAUAGAGACGUGGAUCCUCACAUUCGCGUGGAGUGCGCGAAAGCUAUUGGAGAAUGGAUUGUAGCCUACCCGGACUUGUAUUUCAACGGCAAACAUCUGAGAUACGUCGGCUGGGUGCUUUCCGAUCCGAAUCACUCGACUCGACUUGAAGCUAUCAAACAGCUUCACCGACUGUACGCAGACAAGGACAAGCUCGGUGGCCUCAAAACCUUCACCGAGCGCUUCAGAAGCCGUAUGGUUGAAAUGGCUACCAAAGAUGCUGAGUCAAGCGUUCGAGCUGCAGCCGUCGAACUACUGGAUGAUCUGAGGGAGGGCGGUCUGCUCGAGCCUAACGAUAUCGAUGCCAUUGGACGACUGAUCUUCGACGCAGAGCCGAGAGUGAGAAAAUCAGUGGUCGGCUUCUUCGCCGAAAGUAUCAACGACGCUUAUGAAGCAAAAGUUGACACACUUGGUGGCCAAGAAGCGCUGGAGGAGAUCAUUGGAGAAGAAAGCGAUUCCUUUGACAGCCCGUGCCAGGAGUGGAUCAAGUUCAAGUGUCUAGCGGAAGGACUGGAUUCUUACGAUUCGGCUGACGGCCCCGUGCCGCCAAGUGUCGAGAGAGGUCCCGGUCAAGGCGCUUAUCUGUUGCAUGCUGGAACAACAGACUCGCGUUUCAUGAUUUCUGCAGACACACUCCACGACCAGAUCGAUGAAGUCCGCGAGUGGGAGAAGCUAGCCGGAUAUCUUCUAUACGACACUUCUGUCGAAGACCAGAAUGGUGAUGCUGCCAGUGGCGAGUCACAACUGAAACAAGAACUUAGACUUACGGAGAACGAGGAGGUCAUUCUUCUGGAAGUGUUGAACUCGUCUGUCAAGCAAGCUGUCGCAUCUCUUGUGGAAGCACAGUCCGACAAGNAAAACGAAGAAAACCAAGAGGCAAAGGAAGAUGCUGAAGAAAUGCAGGAGCAAGCAGCACGUCAUCUCGCAAACUUGAUACCCCGAUUGCUUAAGAAGUUCGGAGAAUCACCGCAAACCGCUGCAAGCACACUUCGUCUGGGCCGUGUCCUGAGUCUGGAAGCCUUCCAGGACUUCAGACAAGAUUCAUCCACAUACGCAACAUUGUUGAACGACUUCAACAAGCAGUUCCUUUCUCAUAGUAAUGAGGAGGUGCUAGCAGAAGCCAGUCGAGCUUUGUUACGUGCAAAGAGCUAUCACGAGCUUGGGGAUGUUCCCGACGAGAGGAUCGAUUCCCUGUGGGAAGACACCAUUAGCACGUUCAACACAAUCACUCACGGCAAAGAUCUCGAAACACGCGGGAUACUUUCUACCACAGUCCUUGAUGCUCUUUCUAAAACAGUGCUACGCCUGGAGAAGCUGUCCAGUAUCUCUAACCCUGUAGAAUACUUCGAGACAGAACUGUCCGCACCAGCUUCUGCACGCCCCGAAAUGCCAGAACCCUCUCCACCCAUCGACUCCCUGAUUGCCCUCAUCAAUCGUGCCGCCUCACCAAAAGGCUCGGACCCAGAAACUGCUGCCCUCGACGAUGCUCUGGCCAUGCAUGCGUCACGCACAGUCACCUUCUACUUCAUGUGGCGUAUUCCUGCGUUCAUCAAAUCAUUGCAGACGACGACUCUGCCCGAUGUCGAGCUUGAGAAUCUUGCUGUGAGACGCGACGCAUAUGUCAAUGCCCUUGGCUCAGUACUAAAGACACGUCCUGUCAACGACGAGCUCAGCACUAUAGUGUCCGGCAUGCUUCUUGACGCACAUACCAUCAUGGCUACUUUGCGUCAAGUCACUACCGACAAGAAUGGUGACGAGUACCUCGUGCUAGCUUUGGAGAUGGACGCAGUAUUGCAANAGCGCAUUCUUCGUGUCUUUGGCUCAGCCGAGGCUGCAUUUGCCAAAGCUACUGGCAAACAUGUCGAAGUUGAGGCCGAGAACUCACAAGCACAAGAAUCUGAAGACGAUGAUGAAGAGCCUGCCGACCCUGUCGACGCAGACCCUGAAUCUGAGGAUGAAGCAGAAGACGAAGCAGACGCUGAAGGAGACGAUGAACAACAAACUCAAGCCUCUCAAGCAAAACGCGUGGCCAAACUGCAGAACAGUCUGCUCGCGGAACAGCGACUUUGUGAACUAGCGUCUAAACUUGUACUGGCUGUUCUGGGAAGAAUGGUCAAUGUAGCUGUCGUUAAGCAACGACUCGAACGAAACAAGACGCGCUUGGGACACAACUUUAAGCUUGUGCUUGAGCACUUGGACGCUCAGACCAAGGGCAAGAAGGGCAAGGGUAGAGCAGCAGCAGCAAAGACUGGCGCUCAACAAGCAAAGGCCAAAUCCGCCGCGCCACAACAACAAAAGAGCACAGAGGUUGUUGUAGAAGAUGAUGAAGACGAAGAGGAAGAUGAAGAAGCCGUCCGCGCAAGAGAAAUUCAAGAGGACGAUGAAAUGGUGGACGAGCCAGAAGGCGGCAACCAAGAGGACGAAGCACAAGAUGAAGUCGCUGCCGAUGCCGAGAGCGUAAUCGGUGACUAG